UUAUAACGAUAAGAGGAUCAUCUCUUUGAAUGAUUCAGAAUCGCGUAUUCAGACGUUGGCCCCUAUGCUUUGUUUGAAUAUGUAUAUAUGUUUAAGUGGAAGAUUAUCCAGUUCCUUGCUGGAACUUCCCGUCCAGUAUUCUGAACACCGGAAACGAUCGUAAAAUGGCACUAGAUCUGGGAAGGGUGGAGGAUGCCUGGUCCAAGUGCAGCAUCCGAGGCUUCCUCAUCUUGAGCCUCUCGCUUCAGAUCUUUCUACUAGUUUUUGCUCCGUUUCGGAAGAAAACUGCAAAAAAGUGGAUGUCCUUUUUAAUCUGGUCAGCUUAUUUACUCGCGGACUGGAUCCCAGGAUAUGCAGUCGGACUCAUUUUCUACAGUCCACGUCAGAAUAGUUCUGAUUUCUCCCUUUCCCUGUUCUGGGCUCCUUUUCUACUGAUACACUUUGGAGGUCCCGACACUAUCACCGCUUUUGCGCUCGAAGAUAAUGCCCUGUGGCUCAGGCACACGCUUGGGCUUGUAGUCGAGCUCUCUGCUACUGUUUAUGUCUUCCUUAGCCCAUUCCCGGAGGACAAUCGGCUGGUUCCACCCAUCCUCCUGCUUAUUGCGGGCCUCAUCAAGUAUUUGGAGAGGACGAGAGCCCUCUAUCUGGCGAGCCUGGAUAAAUUUAAGGAAUCUAUGCUCUGGAAACCUGAUCCGCUACCGAAGAAUGGGAAAUUUGAGGAUGAACAUGCAGGAGAGGUAGAGCAAGCAUCAUUUGAUAUCCUUCAUGAGAUGUGUACUGCAGAGUCGCUGUUGCCCCGACGUGAAGUUGCCAUUAAUAUUGGUGACGAUACGAUGGAGCCCCUUGGGGAGAUGCAGUUGGUAUGGAAUUCAUAUCGCUGCUUUCAGGUCUUUAAGGGGCUUAUCGUCGAUCUGUACUUGACCUGGCGUGAGAGGGAAGAUAGCAGAUGUUUUUUCCUAUCUAGUGCCCCAGAAGAUUCACUUAGAGUAAUAUUGAUGGAGCUAAACUUCAUCUAUGAAGUGUUAUAUACCAAGGUUGUCGUGGUACGUUCUAUUCCAGGUUAUUUAUCUAGGGCCAUAUAUUUAAGUAUCGUCAUUUGCGCUCUCGCACUCUUUGUCCGAAUGGAAAAGGAUGGAUUCCCCCCCGUUGAUGUUGUAAUCACAUACAUCUUGCUCUUUGGGGCCAUUGCACUUGAGGUAGUAUCUCUGUUAAUGCUGAUCUUCUCCGAGUGGACCUAUAUCAGUAUCCAGAAGAGGAUAGGCAGAACGAGUGGUACACUCUGCAACUACUUUAGUCGAAUCCUUAAUGCUGUCCUUAGCCUGAAGAAGCCAAGCUGGUCUGAACAUGAGAUUGGCCCAGGUGAUGUCAAGUUAACGGUGUUUGAUACGCCAGUGUUGUUUCGACGUUGGUCUGAAUCCAUCUCGGGUUACAACCUCAUCGGCUACUCUGUCAGUCAACGUCCAAGGAAAAUUUACAAGCCAUGUCGCGGAUGCUUCAGCCUAUUUACCGUUCCCCGCCAGGUUUACUUCUAUUUCUCGAAGGUUAAAUUCAAGAUCUGGAUUUCAUUAAAGAAAUGCUGCACACACAGCCUGGAUCUUGGUCUAGGAGACUUCCUGGAUGAGUUGAUAUACGUUUCGAAGAAUCCCUUGGACAAGAAAUUGUGGGAUUUCAUAUUCAAAGAGCUGCAAGAGAAAUCCAGGUUUGCAGACUACCCAGAGACAAUCAGGAGCAUAUGUGACGCUAGAGGUUGUUGGGUCCUUGAUCGUGAAUCAGAAGUCGAUUGCAGCAAACUGCUUCCUUCUGUCGAGGAUGUUGAGUUCAACAAGUCUCUGCUCUUGUGGCAUAUCGCCACUGAGUUCUGCUACAAUACAGAUUCUGAUGAUGAAAGCAGCCCAGCGGUCAUUGAUGAGCGCGAAUUUUGCAAGACUCUGUCGGAUUACAUGCUGUAUCUUGUAUUGAUGCAGCCUACCAUGACGUCUGUUGUUGGGGGACUUUUCCUGAUAAGGUUCCGUCACACUGUGUCAGUGACCAAGAAAAUUAUCUGCAGGAUCAAUGAAGAGGGAAUAAAGGCGUUUGCAAAAAGUUUCUUUCGUUAAUCAAGGACGGUAACCAGCACAUCAAGCCAGAGAGGGGUAGAAGAGCAUCUUUGCUGUGUGAUGCGUGCAUUUUGGCCAAGGAGCUGAAGAUGCUGAAAAGGGACCAGUGGAGGGUAAUGAGUCGGGUUUGGGUGGAAAUGCUCUCAUAUGCAGCAAUUCGCUGCAGAGCGGAUGUUCAUGCCCAGGCGCUGAGCAGAGGCGGCGAGCUUCUAACUUUGGUUUGGAUGCUGCUGGCUCACCUCGGCAUCGGAGAAUUUCCGAUUUGAAGGGGAAGAUCCAAUGGCAAGGUUUGUUGUGAACUAGAUGAAGCGCAUCAAUUUUUCUAAUGGUUAAUCUCUUACAUUUUUGGUGCAUCAUCUAGAAUUACGGCAUCCCUCUCGCAUCGCUUUUACAAUUAAAAGAGUUUCAAGCCAUUUCCGUCUGGAAUCAGCAGAUUACAAACAUAAGGUCAAAAGCUGAUUCGACUUUCUUGAUGAAGAAGCAGUGCACACCCAAUCCAGUCCGAAUCCUUAUGGCCCGGAAUAAAUUAAAACGAGUCAACUACCAUUAUUGCCCCCAUAUAUUCGAAAUACUUAAAAGAAAAAAUAUAUACUCAUCGUUGAUAUCCAUC